AUGUUCUGUGUUAUUCACAAGUUGAGGAAGGUGAAAUUGGCUCUCAAAGAGUUGAAUAGAAUUGGUUUUACUGACAUUCAAGUUGCUGAUCUUCAAGCUUAUCAUGACAUGGUAGCUGCUCAGAAUGCAAUGCAUCUAAACCCUGCUGAUCAGACGCUUGCUGCUACAGAAUUACUUGCAGUAAAUACUUAUAAGAUUAAGCAUCAAGCCUACCUGGAUUUCUUGAAACAAAAGGCCAAAGCUACAUGGCUUAAAGAUGGUGAUGAAAACACCUAUCUCUUUCAUCAGAGUAUCAAGGCUAGGAAUGUUCAGAACCAGGUAUAUAGUAUACAUGACAUGAAUGGGGUAUGGAGAGAUAACCCUGCAGAUGUUUCCCAAUCUUUUUUGAACUAUUACACAACACUAUUAGGUACUACUCAUCCUAAUAGAAGAUUUGUUCUUAGGCAUAUUGUGCAAACUGGUCCUCUGGUUACUGAUGCUCAUAGGGCCAUUCUUAAUACUCCUUACACUGCUGCUGAAGUGAAGAAGGCUUUGUUCUCUAUUCCUGGUGAAAGCUCCAGGGAGAUGUUGGUCCACUUGGGGUUCCCUAGGGAGUUGGUGGCUCUUACUAUGGAAUGUGUUACCACUCCAAAGUUUUUUUUGAAGCUCAAUGGGACAAUGCAUGGUUUCUUCAAGUCAAAAAGGGGAUUAAGACAAGGGGAUCUCAUGUCUCCUCUCCUAUUUGUUCUCUGCAUGGAAUAUCUUUCCAGAAUUCUUCAUAGAAUGAGUGAGUUCCCUCUAUUUCAGUUUCAUCCUAGAUGUGAAGAUCUCAAGUUCACACAUCUCUGCUUUGCAGAUGAACUAAUCCUGUGUAGUAAAGGUGAGUUCCCCUCAGUGUAUCUGCUGCUUCAAGCUUUUCAGCUCUUCUCUGAGUCAUCUGGUUUGUUGGCCAAUAAGAAAAAUUCUGUUGUUUAUUGUUGUGAUAUGUCUGAGAAUGAUAUUACCAGGGUAGUAAAUGUUUCUGGAUUUACUAGGAGUAACCUUCCUUUUAAGUAUCUAGGAGUUCCCAUUUGUGCUAAAAGAAUCUCAACAGCUCAAUGUGAUGUUCUGGUGGAUAAGAUGAUCUUUAGGAUCAAAGUGUGGAGCUCUAGGAAUUUAUCCUAUACAGCAAGAAUGCAGUUCAUUAAUUAUGUCCUUAUCAGUUUGCAUAUGUACUGGUCUCAAGUGUUUAUCCUUCCUAAGAGGGUGUUGCAGGAUGUCACUAAGAUUUGUAGAUCUUUUCUUUGGAGUGGUCAGGCUUAUAGUCAGAAACCUAGCAAUAUUUCAUGGGAAAGCUCUUGUUGUGUUAAGAAACAGGGUGGUCUUGGAUUCAAGGAUGUGUUCAAUUGGAACACUGCAAGCAUGGGAAAGUAUGUUAAAGAUGGGGAUUGGUGGGAUUAUCUGCCUGCAGCUUUUGCUAGCUGGUGUUGGAAGAAGAUUUGUGCCACAAAAGAGAUGAUCAAGAUGGUGUACACACAGGCUGAGUUUAUUGCUAUGCCUCAUUAUUCUGUGAAAUCAGUAUAUGAGAAGAUUGUUGGGUCAAAACUUCUUAUUCAUUGGGAUACCAUGUUAUGGAAUAGGCUGAACAGUCCAAAGCAUAGAUUCAUAUGUUGGCUGGCUGAUGAGGAUCAUGCUCAUUUGUUCUUUGAGUGUCCUUACAGUAGCAGGUGCAUCAGUGCUCUUAAGGUCUGGUUGGGAUUUUCUUCUACCUCUUGUAAACUGCAGCAACUCAUGAGAGUCAUUGGUCAUAGCAGAUUGUCUAAAUUCAGGAGGCAAGUUGGGUAUGCAUUGUUAACAGCUGCAGUGUACUUUAUUUGGAUAAGCAGAAAUGACAAUUUUUGGGAUUCUUCAAUUCCAACUGUGCAGAAUGUUGUGAAUAUGAUUAAGCAAAUUGUUAGAGAUCGCAUCUUGUUUGUUAUGCCUAAGAAAGCGAGUAAGAGAUAUAGCUUAUGGUUUGCUACUUUGUAA